AUGGUCAGAUCUCAAAGUGACCAAUGUUUAACCUCUAAAGAUUGCACCUCUAACUCAGAAAAAUCACAAUCACCAUCCCCAAUAUCUGUUCUUAUUGAACCAAAACUCCAGCCUAUUCUCUCUGGUAAAGAAUACAAUGAGUUCCAAUUUUCCUCAAAAGCACCUGAAGGAGUUGGUAAGAAUUGGAAAAAGAGAAAGAGUAAAAAUAGUAAGAGUUUGUCAGAGUUGGAAUUUGAAGAGCUAAAAGGGUUUAUGGAUCUUGGUUUUGAGUUUUCAGAUAAGGAUAAAGAUUCGAGAUUAAUGACAAUAAUUCCUGGAUUAAGGAGAUUAGGGAAGGAAAAUGAAGUUGAGGAAAUUAAUGAAAGUGGAAUUUCAAGACCUCAUUUAUCAGAAGCAUGGGAUGUAUGGGAAGAAGAGAAAAAAAUGGAGGAGAAGAAGAAGAAGAAGAAUGCAUUGAAAAGUUGGAAGAUUAAUAGUGAUUUUGGAAAUGAAAUGGAGGUUAAAGAUCAGUUGAAAUUAUGGGCUCAUAGUGUUGCUUCUACUGUUAGAUAG